UCACAGCAGUUCUCAGCCCUGACAGAAGUGCUCUUCCACUUCCUAACUGAACCAAAAGAGGUGGAAAAGUUUCUGGCUCAGCUCUCUGAAUUUGCCGCCACCAAUCAGAUCAGUCUCGGCCCCCUCAGAAGCAUCGUCAAGAGCCUUCUUCUGGUUCCAAAUGGUGCCCUGAAGAAGAGUCUCACGGCCGAGCAGGUCCGGGCUGAUUUCAUAACUCUGGGUCUUAGUGAGGAGAAAGCCACUUACUUUUCUGAAAAGUGGAAGCAGAAUGCCCCCACCCUUGCUCGAUGGGCCAUAGGUCAGACUCUGAUGAUUAACCAGCUUAUAGAUAUGGAGUGGAAAUUUGGAGUGACAUCUGGGAGCAGUGAACUGGAAAAAGUGGGAAGUAUUUUUUUACAAUUAAAGUUGGUCGUUAAGAAAGGAAAUAAAACCGAAAAUGUGUACAUAGAAUUAACCUUGCCUCAGUUCUACAGCUUCCUGCACGAGAUGGAGCGAGUCAGAACCAGCAUGGAGUGUUUCAGCUGAUUUCUGUCCCCUGCAUCUCCCCCUCCCCUUGCCACCCCCUUCUCCCCUUGCCACCCCCUUCUCCCCUUGCCACCCCCUUCUCCCCCCAACCCCACCCCCGGGUGACUGGCAGCUGGCUCCCAGGCCUGUGGGCCACUCCUUUGGACCCGCUGGCUUCUUGGAAGCCCAGGUGCAAAGGUCUCUGAAAAACAACGGGAUUAAGUACUUAAAGAGCCCGACAGGAUGACCUUCCUGAAGAGUCUUUGUUGAAGGACCCUCCGCCAUCUAUCUCCCGGGUCACCGUUUAGAUAUUCAGAAGCGAUUGCAUCUCAGACUCAGGGGAGGAAAUAAGUUGACUCACCUCCCCUUCAAAGUUCCAGAGUAAACAAAUGGUCUGCCACUCAAAAUACACACUGAUCGCCCUCCCCCGCAAAAGAGCAAGGGCUUGUCUAUGGCUGAGGAAGAGGCGGACUCUCUGAAUGACACAGGCGGGGAGGCCCCAAAGCAGGCUGUGUGUGCGGCGGCGGUGCAUUGCUAAUCAGUCCUUCACGGGGCACCCCUGUAAGGAUACUGCUUGGCCUGCUCUGAGGAGAACUGAGGCUAAACUCUGUCCUCGUUUUCAGGUUUUGCCCUGUUGUAAUGAGGUGGGCCUUUUGAGGCUAUUUUAGCUUGUUUGGGUUCAAGCUGAUCUCUGUGGGUUAAAUGAUGAAUAAAAAAAGGUUCUGAAGAAUGAA